AUGGAGCCCUCCAAAGAAAAGAACCUUGAGUUAAUCGCAACUGCCAAGUCGCUAGCGAACACCCCUUGGUGCGAACAGUACGAGCUUAUGAUAUCGGGAAUGCUCACCCAAAUCCUCAAAUUAACAUCGUCAAGAUACGAUCCCCUCGCUCCGGAACUCAUGCAAAGCCGUUACCGAGCCCGCAAGCUAAUGUCAAAAUACAAUGCACCCAUUCCCGACGAAAUAUCAUUUGAAGAUCUCACAGCUCGGCGCGAGGAAUUAUUAAAACAAUUACUGGGGGCAACUGGCAGAGGCGCCUUCAUUGAGCCCCCGCUGAUGGUUGAUUACGGGUGCAAUAUCAUGAUUGGAGAUGGGUUCUGUUGA